AUGACUACUAUGCAUAGAUUUUUAGACAAUCUAUAUGAGUUAAGCAUUUUAAGUAGAAAUGGAUUGAAUGUUAUGUAAGAGUUUUUGAGAGUUUGUGAAAGAAAUUCUGAUUUAGAAGAUUAAGUUAUUUGCAAAUUAGCUAGUUAUUUUAAAUCAUUGAGUGCCUCAGAUUGUUAUGAUUUAUCAAGUAGAUUAUUCUAAAAUUUCAAAUAAUAAUAAGAAGCCUAAAGCAGCAACGAUGUAUACAACUAGUAGACAUUUGCUCCUUUUAAUCAACAAAAAUUUUCAUGUAAAAACUCAAAGAAAUAAUUAGAAAAUCUGCAAAAUAGUGAAAAUAAAAAUAAUACCUAGCAAUUAUUAUCACCUAAUUUGAAUAAUAGAUUAGAUUUUAGCAUAAAAAAGUAUGAUUGGAAAUGGAAAUUGUAAUUAGGAUUUGAAUAAAUAAAAUAGCAUUAAAAUUCCAGCAAUAAAUCUAUUAGAUAGUUGAGCCCUUAAGCUCUUAAAAUGAGCAACCAUAUAAAAUAACAAUUAAAUACUUUCUUUGAAUAAAAAGAGGUCUAAAAAAACAUUUUGAAGAAUAACAACAUAUAAAAGUUAUUAGAUUAAAAAUAACUAAAAAGAAAUGAAUCGAGUGAAGAUUUAAAAAACCAAUAUCUGUCUUAAAGAUAACUAUAAAAUACUUUAAGACAAACAAGCAGCCCAGAACCCCUAAAGAAAUAGAGAAGCAGUUUAAGCAUCAGCCAUAACUUAGGUAGUUUACAAAAUAAUAUACAAUAAAUAAAUAGUUAAGUUAACUCUCCACAAAAUUUAGUUAAUAAUCAAAGCAUAAAUUAGUAUAACUCAAUAAAAAAUCUCAAGGAAUCUUUGAAUAAACAACUGAAUGAGUCAAAUCAACAUUUGAAACUGAAUACUAGUGAUGUUAGAUUAAAUUAUCUGAAUUUAAAAGAAUCGUUUAAGUUGAUUCACGAAUAACUAGAAGCAGAUUUAAUUACAAACCAAGAAGCGGUCUAACUGAUUGAUUCAAUAAAAUAAAAACAUUAUGCAGAAUUUUGCACCUUUAAACCUACGAUUAAUAAAGAAAAUUAAUACUAUGAAAAAAUAAAAAAUAGAGAUAUAAGUAAUCCUUUUGAAAGACUAUAUAAAGAUGGAGUAGAACAUAAAGCUAAUAAAUCACAAAUACUCUCACAUAUAAAGAGCUGUCUAGAAUUAAAAGAUUGUACAUUCCAUCCAAACCUACAAAAAUCUAAUUCAAAACCAAGAAUUGUUCGAUUUGCAGGAACUCUUACUAAAUUUUCUUAGUCUCCUAAUGAUUUUGAAUAAGAAAAUGAAUUAUGA